CUCCUCCUCCUCCUCCUCUCUGCAGCACAACACGGAGCUCCAGCAGCAGCAGGAGGAACAAUAACCUGAGAGGAGCGAAGAGGAGUCACUGCAGUCCGUCUGUCCGUUGGUCCUCCUCUCCGGGUUCAUUUCUGUCUGAAGGCACCGAGCAGCUCCGCGGAGGAGGCAGGGAGGGAGACGGGCAGAGGGAAGAUGUCCUCCCCGCAGGUCUCCUCGUCCCGCAGACAGUCAUGUUAUCUGUGCGACCUGCCCCGCAUGCCCUGGGCCAUGAUCUGGGACUUUACCGAGCCCGUGUGCCGGGGCUGCGUCAACUACGAGGGCGCGGACCGGAUCGAGUUCGUCAUCGAGACAGCCCGCCACCUGAAGCGGGCUCACGGCUUCCAGGAGGGCAGAUCCUCGGCCGGCGGACCGCCUCCUCCACCGCAGCAGCAGCCCGCCGUGGCGAAGAGCCAGGCGGUGUUACUGACCGGGAAAGACCCGGUGGGGCAGAUGAACCAUCACCACCACCAGGCAGACGGACCGGGGAAGUCUCAGCAGCCCGGGUUGGACCGGUACUCGCUCGGUGCAGAUAGCCGGGCUCGGUUCGACUACAGCGGGCACAGCAGCAGCAGCAGGCUGCCCAACGGACUCGGGGGACCCAACGGGUUCAAACCGGACGACGGACCGCCCGAGCUGAACCGACAGAGCCCGAACUCGAGGAGCAGGAGUCAUGGCGGGCUAGUGUCGGCACCGGGACAGAUGAACGUACCGCCGAAUCUGCUGCCUCAGACGCUGCUGAACGGACCCGCCCCGCACGGAAUGGCGAGCAGAGCCGCCCCGCAGAGCUCCAUGGUCGGUGUGUCUCUUCCCGGACAGGUGGGGCUGUCUGAACCGGGAGGGAAGCGUCCCGCCUCGGUGUCCAGCACGGACCAGGAGCGGGAGCUGAAGGAGAAGCAGCGGAACGUGGAGGCUCUGGCCGAGCUGAGCGACAGCCUCCGGAACCGGCAGGAGGAGUGGGCCAGCAAGCCGAAGACUGUGAGGGAGACACUCAUCACUCUGUCCGGCUGCACCCCGUUUGACGUCCGCUUCAAGAAAGACCACGGGCUGGUCGGCAGGGUGUUCGCCUUUGACGCCGUGUCCAAACCCGGGAUGGAGUACGAGCUGAAGAUCUUCAUCGAGUACCCGAGCGGCUCCGGGAACGUGUUCUCCAGCGCCUCGGGGGUCGCAAAGCAGAUGUACCAGGACUGCAUGAAGGACUUCGGCAGAGGGCUGUCCUCCGGGUUUAAGUACCUGGAGUAUGAGAAGAAGCACGGCUCCGGGGACUGGCGUCUGCUCGGGGAUUUAUUACCGGAGUCCCUGCGGUUUUUUAAGGAGGGUGUGGGGGGAGACAUGCUGCCGCAGCCCUUUAUCGACGGCAGCUACCCGCUGCUGCCAACCUCCCUGGUGCUCCCCGGCCGGGCUCUGGCUUCAGGCAGCGGGGGCAGCAGCUCCAGGGCCGGCGUGAGGAAGAGGAAAGCCUCCCCGGAGCCGGACUCUGCGGAGGGCGGCCUGAAGCUGACGGAGGAGCAGCAGAGGCAGCAGUGGAUCAACAGUCAGACCGAAGCCCUCAAACUCUCCAUGGCUGCGGGAUCCUUCGCCGGGCCGCCACCUCCGCUCGGCCCGGGACACCCCGGCCUCUCCUCCGGCCGCGCCACGCCCCCCGAGUCCGCCGCUCCCCCGCAGAAUGGGCAGUCCCCCAUGGCCGCGCUCAUGUCGGUGGCGGACACGCUCGGGAACGCGCACUCUCCCAACAAGGACAGAGACUCGGUUCACUCCACCACCUCCUCCUCCAGACACAACAGCAGCAGCCCGCUGUCCCCCGCCUCCGUGUCCGGACAGAGGCGCCUCUCGUCCCGCAACGGGGACCUAGGAAUGUCCGCGACGUCGCAGUCUGCAGGUGGCAUGGACCAGGUGCACGCGCAGAACGUGCCCGACUCCCCCAUGGCCAACAGCGGGCCCCUGUGCUGCACCAUCUGCCACGAACGGUUAGAAGACACGCACUUUGUGCAGUGUCCCUCCGUCCCCAACCACAAGUUCUGCUUCCCCUGCUCCAGAGAGAGCAUCAAGGCCCAGGGAGCCUCCGGGGAGGUGUACUGCCCCAGCGGGGAGAAGUGCCCCCUGGUCGGCUCCAACGUGCCCUGGGCUUUCAUGCAGGGGGAGAUAGCCACCAUCCUGGCCGGAGAUGUGAAGGUAAAGAAGGAGAGAGACCCCUGAGAAGGAGGAGGAGGGUGAUGAUGAUGAAGACACUCUUAAAACUCUUCCUCUCUGCUUUCACUACAGAAAACAUUAAUGUGAAACAGUCAGUCUGCUGCUGAGCCUCAAAACCUCUCAACACUGUCAGUGGAGAGAAUCGAUCAGAGUGUGCAGAUCAGUGAUAUUGAUCAGUGUUGAUUAAACUACAGAAACAGGAGAACACAAUCCUCAGAAAGACUUUAAAGUUUAACAUGAAGCAGAAAUAUUGACAAGGUAAGGAUCAUAAAUGGGUGAAAUAACCUCAUCCCUUAAUGCUUCAAUAUAAAAUCUACUGUGAUACAGUUUAAAUUAGUCUUUUCUCAUUAAUGAAAGUUUGCUUUAAUAUCAAGAGUUAACGAUGUCUCUCAGUGACGCUUUAUCAGAUUUAUCAUCACUUUUAGGAUAUUUGGUGAAGAAUGUGUUGAUCUUUGACAAAUUGCAGCUCCAUUAAUGAUUAAAUCAAAACCAGCAGCUCGUCUACUUGUAAAUAAAACCAAAUUUAGGUGAAUUAAAUAGAUACUUCACUAAUAAGUGAAAGAAAAGAGCCCCAUUAACCAGCGAGUCUCCUUUAAAGAGGCUCCAGGCUAAAAAGGGCAGAUUAGAGGAGUUAACACAAACUGAAAAAUGUACAUGAACAUCAGAAACACUGGAUCUGUGAGAAGAUCCACUUUAUAAAAUCAUAUUCAUCAUGAGACAAGUGUUUAAUGUUUGAUCUAAAUUAUUCAACAUGCAUUUCAUAAAAUCUGUUAGAAAUAGUUUAAUCAUGUCGACAGGAAGUUUAGUGAACAUUCAAAAUAAAACCUGGAGAUGAAUGUUGAAGAUAAAAAAUGUGAAAUUAGGAGGAAAAACAUUUCUAAAAUGACCAACCUCAUUUGAGAGUGAGUGAAUAUGUCAUCGCACUGUGUUCGAAGAACCUCCUCCUGCUUCAUUCAGACCUCACCAGUUUAUAAAUAAAUUAUGAUUUCUAUAACUAACUUCUAUGUUUGUGCACAAGCCAAAAUCUCAAGGCACACCUGUAUUUAUAUCUGUGCACAACAGCUUCUAUAACGAGUGUAAUCACUCUCAUCACGACAUACAACAAUAAAAAUAAGAAAACAUAAGACAGGUAGCUUCAUGACACUGUCUACUGAUAGUUGUUUGUCUCUUUCAGUGUUAUGUCGUCUUCGCUGGUGCUUUGUUGUAGUUUGUUCUGUACAAUGAAGCGAUCCGUCAUCCCACUCACUGCUUUCUCCUUUUAAAUGUUAUCAACCCUCACACCGAUCAGACAAUUCCCACACUCUAACGACGACAAAUAGGUUCCCCCUGUGAAGUUUUUGUAAAUUUAAUUCUAUUAAAUUACAGUUUUUAGGCAGUGUU